UUUAAAGUUGUCACUUUGGUAGCGAAAAAUUCCUAUUUGUCAGUUUAUUGCAUAAUAAUAGGAAUUAAUUUGAAGAUUCAAGAUUCCUCUUAUACGUACGGCGUACCUAUUGCUUAUUAUUUAGUUAUAGAAUUUGGCAUCUUGUACCGUAUUUUACAGGGAACCGCCUUUGUCACUAUGUACGCUAUCCGUAGAAUCGGCACUAAGCUUCAGUCCGCAAACAAUGUUCGGCAAAAGCACACUCUUCCUGACCUACCUUACGAAUAUAGCGCCCUUGAGCCUGUCAUCAGUCGCGAGAUCAUGAGUUUGCAUCACAGCAAGCACCAUGCAACUUAUGUAAAUAAUUUAAAUGCUGCUGAAGAAAAGUUAGCACAGGCUCAAGCGAAAGGUGACAUUCAAACAGUCAUCACCUUAGCCCCAGCACUUAAAUUCAAUGGAGGUGGUCACAUAAACCACACUAUUUUCUGGCAGAACCUUUCUCCCAAAGGUGGAAAACCAUCUGAUGCCUUAGUUCAGGCUAUUGAGAAGGACUUUGGUUCUAUGGAGAACAUGAAGAACCAAUUAGCUGCAUCAUCAGUUGGAGUCCAGGGUUCAGGCUGGGGUUGGCUAGGUUACAAUAAAAUGAUGAAGAAACUAGUAAUUCAGACAUGUCAAAACCAAGAUCCAUUGGAAGCAACCACUGGGUUGGUGCCUCUUUUUGGAAUUGAUGUGUGGGAGCAUGCAUACUACUUGCAAUACAAAAAUGUCCGUGCUGAUUAUGUAAAAGCAAUAUUUGAUGUGGCUAACUGGCAAGACAUCUCAUCAAGAUAUGAAAAAGCUCUCAAGUGAAUAAUCUCAGCAUUUAGAAAGCCUUUAGAUGCAAGGCAUAAAUUUUGGUCACUUAGUGAUUCAAAUUGCAUUAUAUAGUCUGCUAUUGUGAUGCCUUUAUAAGUUAAAACCUUUACAUUUUUGUUAAUUCUUAAAUAUAAUUGGAAAAAAAUGGUU